AGGUGACAGGCUUCGGAGCAGCUGGCCAGCCUCGAUCUCAUUUUCAUCAUCACACAAACACAGCAGGCAACCCACACACACACAUAGGAUAGGUUACGAUACCGGGAUAAUGCCUGAGCACAACGGAUUUUACGGAAAAUUUCAUAAUAUAGGCCAAUCUAACAGAGUUAUCGCUAUGGGGAAACGAACGGCAUAUUUGCUGUUAUUGCUUGCGACCUUGACGCUGUCUUCUGAGGUACCGGGGGAUGACUCCGUGGGCCUGCUGGCCGAGCCCCAGGUGGCCAUGUUCUGCGGGAAGGUCAACAUGCACGUCAACGUCCAGAGCGGCAGGUGGGAGUCGGACCCCUCCGGUACUAAAAGCUGCAUCGGAACCAAAGAGGGCAUCCUGCAGUACUGCCAGGAGGUUUAUCCCGAGCUUCAGAUAACUAAUAUGGUGGAGGCCAACCAGCCAGUCAGCAUCCAAAAUUGGUGCAAGAAGGGACGCAAACAGUGUCGCAGCCACACGCACAUCGUGGUGCCCUACCGCUGCCUGGUGGGCGAGUUUGUGAGUGACGCCCUGCUGGUUCCUGACAAGUGUAAGUUCCUGCACCAGGAGCGCAUGGACCAGUGUGAGAGCCACCUGCACUGGCACACUGUGGCCAAGGAGUCUUGUGGAGACCGCACCAUGAAUCUUCACAACUAUGGGAUGUUGCUGCCUUGUGGCAUCGACCGUUUCCGUGGGGUGGAGUUUGUGUGCUGCCCGGCGGAGCGAGACGACAGCGUGGCCCAGGAGGGGGAGGAGUCAGACGUGUGGUGGGGUGGAGCUGAGACAGAAUACACAGACAACAGCAUGCCUCGCCAGGCUGAGCCAGAGCCCACCACAGCUGAGGAAGUUGAAGAAGAAGAAGAAGAAGAGGAUGAGGAGGAGGAAGAGUCCUUCGACAGGGACGAGGACGGAGACGGCGACGCCGACGUAGACAACGACGACGAGGACGUGACGGAGGAACGGGACAGUGGUGAACGCGUCUCGAACGUCGCCAUGACCACCACCACCACCACCACCACCGAGUCGGUGGAGGAGGUUGUGAGAGAGGUGUGUUGGGCGCGUGCUGAGUCCGGCCCAUGCCAUGCCAUGUUGGAGCGUUGGUACUUUGUGCCAGAGAAGGGCCACUGUGCCCCUUUCCUGUUUGGGGGCUGUGGGGGCAACAGGAAUAACUUUGACUCGGAGGAGUACUGCUUGUCUGUCUGCAGCAGCAGUGUGUUGCCCACCCUGGCCCCCGGCCUCCCUGACAUGGUGGAUGCUGUGGACCACUACCUGGAGGCCCCCGGAGACGACAACGAGCAUGCCGACUUCCAGAAGGCCAAAGAGAGUCUGGAGGCCAAGCACCGCGACAGGAUGGCCCAGGUGAUGAGGGAGUGGGAAGAGGCAGAGAGGGAAGCUAAGAGCCUGCCUCGUGCCGACAAGAAGGCAGUCAUCCAGCACUUCCAGGAGAAGGUAGAGGCCCUGGAGCAGGAGGCAGCAGGGGAGAGGCAGCAGCUGGUUGAGACCCACAUGGCCCGGGUAGAGGCUCUGCUUAACAGCCGGCGCCGUCUGGCCUUGGAGAGCUACCUUAGCAGCCUGCAGACCAGCCCGCCCCGGCCUCGCCAGGUGUUAAGUCUGCUGAGGAAGUACGUGCGUGCCGAGCAGAAGGACAGACAGCAUACGCUGAAACACUACGAACACGUCCGCAUGGUCGACCCCAAGAAGGCUUCUCAGAUCCGACUGCAGGUGUUGACCCACCUGCAUGUGAUUGACGAGAGGAUGAACCAAUCAGUGGGGCUGAUCGAGAACGUGCCUAGCGUGGCCGAUGAAAUCCAAGACCAAGUUUCUGUCCUCAUGCAGAAAGUUCAGUCAGAGCUGUCUCAGCAAGUCUCUUCCCUGCAGAGCGAUGGGAGAACUGACAGUAGGGUGAGCUAUGGGAACGAUGCCCUGAUGCCAGACCAGGCCUACAGCUCGGCCCCACUGGAUCCCAGCCUCGGAGUGGACCGCCUGGGAUUCAUCCACCCCGAGAGCUUCAACCAGCCCAACACGGAGAACCACGUGGAGCCUGUCGAUGCUCGUCCAGCCCCGGACCGUGGUCUCCCCACACGACCUGAGGGAUUCCCCGAGGUGAGGAUGGACACUGAGGAGAGGCAGAGCACCAGCUACGAAGUCCAUCACCAGAAACUGGUGUUCUUUGCCGAGGAUGGGGGCAACAACAAGGGCGCCAUCAUAGGACUGAUGGUGGGCGGGGUCGUCAUAGCGACCGUCAUCGUCAUCACCCUGGUGAUGCUGAGGAAGAAGCAGUACACUUCCAUCCACCAUGGAGUCAUCGAAGUGGAUGCUGCAGUAACACCGGAGGAACGUCACCUGACCAAGAUGCAGCAGAACGGCUAUGAGAACCCCACCUACAAAUUCUUUGAGCAGAUGCAGAACUAAGGAGCCACCCGUCCACCUCGCUCCCUCUUCCCCUUAUCUCCCCCUUAUCUCCCCCUUAUCUCUUUGUCACCUGUCGGCCUGGUUCCAUUGUGGUCUGUUAGACCCUUUCCCCAUAGCUUCCAAUUGUUUUGACAUGUCGAAUUGAACAGGAUAGG